CAGACCGUGGCUGUGCGGAGCGGCAUUUCGCCAUGGAUGGCCUCGAGUUCUUCUUUGAGGAAGCAGAAUCAGGAUUGGUUCCUAAAGCUCAUGCGGGAGAUUUAUUGGGUGGAGGAAUCGAUGUUGUGGAGUCUGUGGUUGCUUCCAUCCAUGAAGGUCACGGGUGCUCCUCUGGUGUGAUUUCUUCUGAGCCGAUGGAUGACAGCAGCGCCAAAGAGCAGUUCCGAGUGGUGGGCGCGAAUUUCGGCUCAUACAACAACGGUGGGAGCGAAGUGGUUGGCGACUCGAACGAUAUGGCGGCUGAGGAAACUUCCUAUGCGUCAAUGGGAGAUGAGGGAGAUGCAGAGGGGGUCGUCAUCAACAAAUCAAAGGCCUCGUGUUGGACUCGACGGUAAGAAACACACAUUCAUAUGUUAUUACUUUGCUCCUGGACCAUAAAUUGUACCUCCACGACAUCGUUUUUUGCUGUAGGAGCAGAAACUGGAACUCCAUGUAAUUGCCUGUAACAAGAGAACACACAUAUACAGAGUUCACCCCCGUGUAGAAACAAAAAAUCCUUUUAUUCUCAACUCUUUGAAAGCAUUCUUGCUGGA